AGCUUCUCUCUUCCAGAAUGAGAUUUCCUUCUUUUCUCUCUUCUUCGUGCCCUUCACAACACAUUCUGAGAUCUCACCAAAUUUCUUCUCCGUCUCUCUGCUUGGUCGAGCUCCUGCGCUCCGCCCGACGAGCGCCUGUGCUCCAUGGACACCUCUGCCUGCGCCUCCACUACAGAGACCAGAUCAGCCACAGUUCUCUCUCCCCCUUCUCUGUCUCUUUGCUAGGGCGAGAAGGACUCCCGCACUGCGCCCAGCCUCCGCCCUUCUGAGAUCUCACCAAAUGUCGCGUUCUUCUCCGUCUCUCUGCUAGGUCGAGCUCCUGUGCUAUGCCUGACGAGCGCCCGUGCUCCAUGGACGCCUCCACCUGCGCCUCCGCUACAGAGACCAGAUCUGCCACAGUUCUCUCUCCCCCUUCUCUGUCUCUCUACUAGGGCGAGAAGGACUCCCGCGCUCCGCCCACGCCUCCGCCCCGCCUACGUCCACGCCUCCACCAGCGCGUCCGACUUUGAUUUUAGGGGGAAGAUCUUCUUCUGGGAAGCGGUCAUUUUGUUUAACGCACAGAAGAAAGAAAAAAGGAGAAAGAGCGAGAGAGAGUAGAGGAGCGAUUUCAAAGAAGUCGAAGCCUUUCUCGAAAGUCACCAGUGAUGAGUCUUGAAAAGGAUACGGUGUUGUCGGUAUUGUGCUUAUCGUCUAUAUGUUUUCAUCAAAUUUUUGUUGUUGGAAUAUUUAUUAUUUACCAAAUUCUUUUCAUACAUUUUAGGAGUUUUAGAGGCAAAUUUUAUAGAGCAUGUACAUGACAAGCAAGAUUUCGAGAGGUCAUCAUUAUACAUCCAACUAGAAGCUAGGUUGAAGCAGACACUUUCAGAAUACUGAUUAGUUAUACUUCUUAUAGUCACUUUGAAUUAACUAGUGUGUGUUAAUAAUUGAUUGGUUGAGUGAUGAUUGAUAGAUGUAAUCUCAGAAAGUAGUGGAUAAGGAAGGCAUGUUGGCUAUCACUUGCCAUUUUGUGUUCUUAAGCAUGUUUCUGGAAUUACAUUUUCUAAUUCUCAAAGAUUGCAUUUUUGGGCUAUAUAUGCCUGUUGGGCUUUAACAUUGUGCUUGCUGCGGUUUAUGGCAUUAACAUCUUUAUUUAUUGUCUGUAUAUCAUGUUAUUAUGGCCUGCAAAGAUUGCAUUUUUAUAAAGGAAUAACAACCCGACUUUUUGUAUGUUUCUUUUUCCAUCUCGUGGUGUUUAGGAACUGGUGGGGGUGUGAAAUUCUCUGCUCAGGUACAAUUUAUGUUCUCUUUUGUAGAUGUGCUCCUCUGUUUAAUUCUUCUUUGUUUGUUGAAUCGCCAUUACCAGCAUUUGCUCCUGAAAUUCCAUCGAGUUUAGAUAAAUGGAAUCCUCCAAAGACACGGACAUGGCAAAGUGGACUAUGCCGUUGACCGAGUUGUUUGUAAGUCUGAUGGUAGAUGAGGUAAAAAAGGGAAAUCGCACAUCAUGUACCUACAACAGAGUAGAGUGGAUUAACAUUGAGGGAGAAUUCAAUAAACUAACAGGACUUCACUUUAGUCUACCACAGUUCAAGAACAAGGCACAGAAACUGAAGAGACAAUAUGGUAGUUUCAAGAAGCUGCUUUCAACAAUGGGAUUUGGAUGGGACGAUGACAGCAAGAGGGUUAUUGUGGACGAUGAAACUAUCUGGGCAAAUCACAUCAAGGCUAAUAUUGAAUGGGCCAAGUUCAGGAAGGACGGAUUUCCUUUGUAUUCACAGCUUUAUGUUGUAUUUGGGGAUAUAUAUGCCACUGGGGAGUUUGUAAUAGGAAAUGCGCAAGGCGUGGCACCGUCGGAGGGUAUAGGUGAUAGUGGUGGUGACAAUGAUGUUCAUGUCAACCUAAGCGAACCAGAACAGUUUUUCGAAACCCAAGUCGAUGUGGAACAAUUUAACAAGCCGGCGAGCCCACCUCCAAGAAGCCACAGGUUGGAUAGGACUCCAAAUCCCAAGAGGAGGAGAAAGAACAGUUCACAUUCAUUUGACGCGACCUGCAAAGCCAUUCAAGAGAUGAUCAAAGUUAAGACGGUUCCAACAUCAAGCGGCUCCGUCACCUCACAGUCCUCAACACCUGUGGACCCCUACUCUAUAGCAGCCAUGGGUGCCGUCCUAAAUGCCAUGCAUGACUUGGACAAGGUUCUUUACAUCAAAGCUAUGAAACAUGCUGUCAUUAAUGCCUCUUGGAGAGAGGGUUUCCUGACAUGUCUUCCUGAAAUGAGAGUUGCCUUUAUUGAGGCUAUGGAUGAGUAGUUGGGCUAUUGAGUAGUUGUUGGGUUAUAGUAUGCCGUUAUAUGUUUGAGUUCAUUUCGGUCUUUCACUUAUGUAUUUCAAACAUUGACUUGUCUUUAUUCCUAUGCGUUUGUGAUGAUGUUGAGACUUUGCUUAAAUGUGAUUGAAU